AAUAAUAUUUCAACAUAGUACCGAGAUUGUUUGUCAAAAAUUUUACAGUUAAAAAUAGCUAACUAUUAGACCUGACUCUCUUUGAACCUUACCCUCUCUUCAUAAUCUCAGUACCUUUUCCCACCCUGUGAGCAUUAGAGUACCGGCAUGUACCGUUGUAUUGGUGUGGUAUAUGCAUGACCUGAAGAGAAAUUUGCUCCCCACCGCUAUCAAAGGACCAAACGUUGAAAAUCAUUGGGGUACCUUUGCAAAUGUUUGUCUACCUAAUCCAGUAACGGAAUAAGAGUCUUAACGACAGGAUCAACUUGGUACAAGUGACAGUUAUAUUCUUACAUUUAUGUGAUUUCUUUUCAAAUAAGUGGAUAAUUGUGUUGACUUGUUGAUUAGAAGUCUAAUUCGGAUUAUUUAAUCAUGGAUCAUCAACAACAAAAUAAUAUGCCGUACGUUGAAAUUUUAGAGCAACCGGCUAAUAAAGGUAUUCGAUUUAGAUAUGAAUGCGAAGGACGUUCUACAGGAUGUAUUCCUGGAGAAAAUAGUGAACCUGAGAAGAAAACAUUUCCAAGUAUCAGAAUUGUAGGAUAUGAAGGACGUGCCGUGAUCGUUAUUUCAUGUGUAACAAAAGAUGAACCAUACAUGCCUCAUCCUCACAGCAUUGUUUCUAAAGAAAUGUGCAGUCAAGGGGUUUGCACGGUAGAACGUUAUACCGAUCAGGAGCCAAUAGUCUUUCCAACUUUAGGAAUUCAAUGUGUGAAGAAAAAGGACAUUGCAGAAGCUCUACAGCAACGGAAAAAAGCACGCGUUGAUCCUUUUAAAACUGGUUUUGAUAUUAAUCCUAUAACACUUGAUUUGAGCGCUGUUCGAUUAUGUUUUCAAGUCUUUCUCCAAGGGCGAAAUGGAAAAUUUCAGAUCCCAUUGAAACCAGUUGUUUCAAAUCCAGUUUAUGAUAAAAAAACUUUGAAUGAAUUGGUGAUUUGCAAACUUAGUCACAGCAGUGCUCCAACAGAUGGAGGGAUGGAAAUGAUACUUCUAUGUGAAAAAGUUGUCAAGGAUAACAUUCAAAUAGUAUUUUUCGAAAUGAAGAAUGAUAAAAUGGUUUGGCGAGACUUUGGAGUAUUUACUCCAAGCGACGUUCACAAGCAGACAGCGAUUGCUUUUAGAACUCCUCGGUACCCAAUUGUAGAUGUGCCUAAUCCUGUACAGGUAUAUAUCCAACUGAGGAGACCUUUGGACGGUACCACAAGUGAACCUAUGCCCUUCACACUCAUACCACUUGAUACAGUUGGCAAGGAGAUAGCAAAUUCACUGAAACGCAAACGACAAAAGUACAAUACAUCGGAAGUAAUGGACUCACAGAUUUACAAUCAGCCUGGCUGUAAGUCCAUGUGUCCCAAUCAAGGAGCAAAUGCGGUUGCUACGACCAAUGUAACUCACUUACACCAGACUUCACCAAAUGAACCUUACAGAAUAAAAUUGCUCAAACAACUGCAAGCUGAAGCAGAUAGUAGAAGAGAUAUUGAAAUGAUAGACAGACGAUUAAAUCAACAAAGUGUUGUGAAUAAUAAUAGAGCAGAUGCACCGGAAUUCACUCUUCGAAAUGUUGUUCCUUCUAUUUUUCCUGCUCGUUUUACGUACAAUGCAAAUAAUAAAUGGCAUAAUGCAAAUAAUCAGGCAUCACAAUACCAGAGUAGAGAUACAUCAAAUCAAUAUCAGAAUAGAGAGGAAUCGCAUCAAUACCAAAAUAGAGAUAUAUCGAAUCAGUAUCAAAAUGGAGAUGCAUCAAAUCAAUAUCAGAAUAAGGAUAUGUUCGCUCAAUACCAGAAUAGAAAUGCACAGCAACCAGUUGUUCAACCUAAUCCUCAAUGUAUUCCAACCAACCCUGGACGAUCAAUGCCACCACCACCAUCAGCAUCAUCAUCAUCACUUGGUAUUUCGUUACUUCCUAUUCAAAGACAAAUUGAGCAAUCAAAUAAUCAGAAUCAAGGGCCAACACUUUAUAGGAUACAAAAACCCAUGGCUGAUAAUAACAUAUUAGAUAAUAUUCCAUCACCGAUGGAUUUCAAUAGCAAUAGCCUUAACUUUGACGUAAAUCCAUUAGAUGUUUUAAAGGAAUUGAAUUCUGAAGAUUUGGCUGGUUUAUCUGAAACUUUCUCGGCAAGUUUUUCACUUGCAGAUCCACUUGAGUUUGAAAGGAUUAAGAAUCUGUGAUCGAGAAACGGAAAAUUUGAUAAAUAUUGUUCUAAAUGAAAGUUAUAGUUCUAGAAACUAGACUCCAAUCAUUGAUUAAAUAAUAUUGUCAAUGAUAAUUUGAUUAGAUCAAAUUUUAAUCUCAUGGAUAACUAUAAUUUGUGACAAAUAUUAUCUUGAUUACUCAUUCUCUUGUUGAAAUUAAUUAGAAAACCAACUAUUAAGAGAUGAUGAAAUACUAUUUUUGAUAAAAAUUUAUCAUACUUGUAUAUAAGAAAAUUAACAACUAUAGCAAAUAAAUUCUAAUUAUUA